GUUUUAUCCUUUACUCCACAAAGCCAUAGCCACAAAGUGAAGGUUGAAAUGAAAUGUCAUGCAGUGCCUGAUACAAGCCCUUUCCCUGGUCCUUUCCCUACAGAAGAUCUUACAUCUACACCCGUAAAGGCAAGCAAGUCUUCGAAGCAUACCCUUACCCAAACAUCUAAAAAGGAAGGGCAACCCAUGAAGAAAGUUCUCAAACAAGAUGCUACCAUAGAACUGUUCCAGAAAUUACAAGAUCUUUGCAUCCAAGAUGAAGGGCAGUGUGUAAAGCGUGAAGAUCUUAUGGAGGUUCUGGGAGGCCACUCUAAAAACCUUGUCACAAAGUCUUUAAAAGCAGUGUUUCCUCUUUGUCAAAAAAAGAGGAUAAAGAAAGCUGGACAACAAAUCACCUACUACAUGAACAUCACAUUCAAGCAAAAAGAUGCUGUUGUUCCUCUCCCCAUUGAAAGCCUUGAGGAUGAGAUGAAAGCAAGGCUAUGCAAGCUUGAGGAUAGAAUGACUGAGACCUGGCAGUUAAUAUUAGACAGUGAUAAGGUAUUCAUGAAAUGAUAAAAAUAAAUACAAAAAGCCCAAA